CGCCGUUGCUGUCUGCCGCCACUGCCGCGCCGCCGGAGCUCCGGCCUUGCCUUUCCCCUCUCCCGCCCCGCUGACCGCAUAGAACAGUGCUUAGAGCCGGGGCUUUCCCCACCCCGCUCCCACUCCACCAGCACCAGUCGGAGUCGCCGCCAUUCGCCAUGCAGCCUGCCUCUGCGAAGUGGUACGACCGGAGGGACUACGUCUUCGUGGAGUUCUGCGUGGAGGACAGCAAAGAUGUCAAUGUAAACUUUGAAAAGUCCAAACUCACCUUCAGCUGUCUGGGAGGAAGUGACAACUUCAAACAUUUAAACGAAAUUGACCUUUUUAAUAAUAUUGAUCCCAACGAGUCCAAGCACAAAAGGACAGACAGAUCCAUCCUGUGCUGCCUACGGAAAGGGGAAUCUGGGCAGGCGUGGCCCCGGCUAACGAAAGAGAGGGCGAAGCUCAACUGGCUCAGUGUGGACUUCAACAACUGGAAGGAUUGGGAGGAUGACUCAGAUGAGGACAUGUCCAACUUCGAUCGCUUCUCUGAGAUGAUGAACAACAUGGGCGGAGAUGACGACGUAGACUUGCCAGAAGUAGAUGGCGCAGAUGAUGAUUCACCAGACAGUGAUGAUGAAAAAAUGCCAGAUCUGGAGUAAACAAAACUGUCGUCUUCAGGGUUUGGGGAAAGAGCUUCAUCACAACAUUUCAUAAUUGAGAUAAGAAUUUCCUGAGUUGAUAGCCCUAAAGGGAGAUCCUGCAUCCUUUAACCCAUUUUCAGUCCAUUUUAAAUGGCUUCACUGAUGGUAGGUGUGUUCCCGUUGCACGGGGCGGUCUCGAGAGGCAAUAACGUUCUGCAUGAACCCUUGAUCCAGACUUCCAACCCCGCGAGGCGCAGGGCCAGCGAUCCCCAGCAGUCGCAAUAAAGUUUACAGAGCCUCCUCCUCCUCCCUGCCUCGCAGCAGCUCUCAUUACAAAAGGGAGAAUCCUCAAUUCACACCAAAAUGGUAAAGCAGUUUCUUUUUUAAACGUUUUUAUUUUGUUUUGGGUUUUUUUGUCCCCCUUUCUCUGGCCUGAGAGCUGUCCGUCUGUAGCGGGAACCAGCGUGGCCGAGCGCAGCUGCUGGUGUUGGCUCAGCGAGCGGAGCGGGCGCUGCCUCCUGCCCUUGUGGUCUUUUCAGGGCUGUUCCACUAAAGUUUGUAUUGAAAAGGCAACAACAUUCUCCUCGUGUUUUGGUGUUUGUGUGCCCCGGUGACUCCCCCACUUGAGGCUUUAUUUUCAUCUCCCCCUCCUGGGGCUGCGGGCGGGUGGAGGUUGUUGCUUGUUCUGAUCCCUUCAGGCCAAAUCAUCUUUGCACUGUGGGUGUGGAAGCGAGGGGCAGACCAUCGGCGGCUUGAACUGGGCUGAAAAACCUCAAUUUCUGUUCAGAGCAGCAGGGGUUUUUUUAAUGUCUGCAUUCUUUCUAAUAAACUGUU